AUGAGAAAAAAAGUUCUUUUGAUGGGGAAAAGUGGAUCAGGGAAAUCAAGUAUGCGAAGCAUUAUCUUUAACAACUAUAUUGCUAAAGAUACACGGCGUUUGGGUGCAACAAUUGAUGUUGAGCACUCUCAUGUGCGCUUUCUUGGAGAUUUGGUGCUAAAUCUAUGGGAUUGUGGCGGACAAGACUCUUUUAUGGAAAAUUAUCUUUCAGCGCAAAGAGACCAUGUUUUCAGGAAUGUAGAAGUGCUUAUUUAUGUUUUUGAUGUUGAAUCUCGUGAAUUUGAUAUGGAUUUACAUACAUAUGAGUCUUGCCUUGAAGCAAUUCGAGAAAACUCACCUAAGGCACGAGUUUUUUGUUUGAUUCAUAAAAUGGAUCUUGUUCAGGAGGAAAUGAAAGACUACAUCUAUCAAGAACGCUCAAAAAUACUAUACAAAAGGUCAGAAAACCUUGAAACAAUGAUUCUUGCAACAUCAAUAUGGGAUGAAACAUUAUACAAAGCUUGGUCAAGUAUUGUUUAUACACUUGUUCCAAAUGUUCCUACGCUUGAAAAACAUUUAAAACAAUUUGCUUUUCAUGCAGAAGCUGAUGAAGUGGUUUUAUUCGAACGAACGACAUUUCUUGUAAUAUCUCACACAUCUCACUCAGAAUUUAAUCAUCCUGAUGUCCACCGCUUUGAAAAAAUAAGCAAUAUCGUCAAGCAGUUUAAACUGAGUUGCAGCAAAAUGCAAUCUCAAUUUACAUCAUUUGAGCUACGAACCCAUGCUUUUUCUGCAUUUAUCGCCCCUUAUGCUUGCGAUACUUAUAUUCUUGUUGUUAUCAGUGAUCCGCUUGUACAAUCUGCUGCACUCUUAAUGAAUAUUGAAAUGGCAAAAAACAGUUUUGAGAAAAUUGACGCAGCCGAUAAAAACCACAUCAAGACCAUUCAUCCAACAUAA